AUUUUAUUAAUGAAGAAUACGGGUAAGUUGCUCUUUUUCCCCACCCUCUGGAAUCUGCCAUGGGAUCUUUCUCUGUGGAUGUGAUACGUGGCAAGAUUCUUGAGAGCAGGUAAGCUGUCCUUGUCUUUUUCAGUUGAAGGUGAAAGCGAAAGUGAAAGGGAACUUCAUGCAUGGGCAACUAACACUUGAGAGAUAUUUGAAAAGAAAAAGGAAGAGAAUGUUAAUUUUCUAUUUUCGUUUCUGGAGAAAGAGACGGAAAGUGUUGUAAGACAGAAAGAAAAAGAGAGGUGAAGUGUCAAUUCCAGCUGAAGAUCCGGAGGCGCAGGAAUUUUCAGAAGGCGACAAGAUUUAAACUUUUUUUUCCCCUCUUGUUCCUUUUUUCUUCUUUUCCUCCCCUUGUUUCUGGGUGCUCUUUCAUUUGCCUUGAAUUUUUUUUUUUUUUGGCUUUUGUUGUUUCGUUAAAUCUGGGUUCAUGAGAAAAAGGGGUUUAUUUUCUUCUAUGAGUUCACUUGCUUGGAGGAUGGAUUGAAAUUCUUGUCUGCUUCAGUUUUCGAAAGCCAAAAAUUACCAAUGGUGGUCUUCCAGCAAUUACUAAAUAUUGAAGACUCUGAAAGGGAUGAUAAGAAGGUCUUAUCAAAUGGAGAUGUCUAUAUUGGUGACUUUAAGAGAUUAAUUCCCCAUGGUAAAGGAAAAUACACGUGGAGAGAUAAAACAGUCUAUGAGGGUGAUUGGGAAGAAGGUAAAAUGACAGGAAAAGGUUAUAUAUCAUGGUCAUCAGGAUCAAAAUAUGAGGGUGACUUUUCUGGUGGUCACCUUCAUGGCUUUGGCACCUUUACUGGAACUGAUGGGUCUGAAUACAGAGGCGCAUGGAGGAUGAAUAUACAGCAGGGACUUGGAAGGAAACGAUAUUCUAAUUCUGAUAUUUAUGAAGGUUCUUGGAAGGAAGGAGUGCAUGAAGGUUGUGGUAGGUACUCUUGGAAUAGUGGAAAUAUGUACAUUGGCAAGUGGAAAGGUGGAAAAAUGUGUGGAAGAGGGGUUAUGAAAUGGGCAAAUGGUGAUCUUUUCGAUGGAUUGUGGUUAAAUGGGUUACGACAUGGUUCUGGAGUUUAUAGAUUUGCGGAUGGGGGAUAUUACUUUGGGGCCUGGAGUAGGGGCCUGAAGGAUGGGAAGGGAACAUUUUAUCCUGCCGGAACCAAACUUCCAUCUUUAAGAAGGUGGUCUAGUUCUCUAGGUUAUGAUGACAAUGGAAGUAGUUCAUUGUCUCAUAGCUUGUCAUUAAAUUCAGAGCAACGGAGGGUUUCAAGAAGACCAAGUGUUGUACGAAGUCUUUCUGAGAAAAUAUCAAUUAGUGGUAUGUUGAGAAAUUCUGGCCGAAUAUCAAACAGAAGUAACUCAUUACAUGAGAAUUGGAGUCCAUGUGACUCUGCAAGAGAAUUAAUCUGUCACGAACCAUCAUGUUCGUUUCCAUGUGCCACUAAUGAAGGUCAAAGAGAGGUACAGGGUAAAAGUACUGUGGUUUAUGAAAGGGAGUACAUGCAAGGAGUUCUGAUCAAACAGAGAAUAAAAAAUGCAGAACCAUUUCGCAAAAUUAAACAGAAAAAUAAAUUUCAUACGACUGAAGCAAAAAAGAAGUCAUGUAUUGACAUUUUUGAAGGCCAUCAGAGCUAUUAUCUAAUGCUUAAUCUGCAACUUGGUAUCAGGUAUACUGUUGGCAAGAUUACACCAGUGCCCAUGCGUGAUGUUAGACAUUCUGAUUUUGAAGAUCGAGCUAGGAUAAGAAUGUAUUUCCCCAGAAAGGGUUCCCAGUUCACACCUCCACACUAUUCUAUUGACUUCUAUUGGAAAGAUUACUGCCCUAUGGUCUUCAGGAAUCUAAGGGAAAUGUUCAAGUUAGAUGCAGCCGAGUACAUGAUGUCUAUUUGUGGUGAUGAUGGUCUGAGGGAGCUUUCUUCUCCAGGGAAAAGUGGAAGCAUCUUCUAUCUUUCUCAUGAUGAUAGAUUUGUGAUUAAAACAUUGAAGAAAUCUGAACUCAAGUUCUUUCUCAAGAUGCUGCCGAACUAUUACCGUCAUGUAGGAAAGCAUGAAAAUACUUUAAUAACAAAGUUUUUUGGGGUACAUCGAAUAAAACUAAGAGGUGGAAAAAAGGUGCGGUUUGUGGUCAUGGGGAAUAUGUUUUGUACAGAAUUAAGUAUUCAUCGACGUUAUGAUCUGAAGGGUUCAACUCAAGGAAGAUUUACAGAUAAAGAUAAAAUAGGAGAGAAUACCACAUUGAAGGACAAUGAUCUGAAAUACGACUUUCACAUGGACAAAAUGUUGCAGGAGUCCCUCUUCAAACAACUUUCCGAGGAUUGCAUGUUCUUACAAUCUCAACAAAUUAUUGAUUAUAGCCUUCUCUUGGGCUUACAUUUUAGAGCACCUGAGCAAUUGAUGGCAUUAUCAGAAUCUGCCGGUGCCAUAGCCAAUCAUGAGAAUUUACCUUCUGGUGAUGGUGCAACUUCACAAAGGGAGCUCUUGAUUCCACCAACGGGCUUGCGCCUCGUUACACAUGAACCCGGCUUCAACACUGCACCAGGUCCUCACAUAAGGGGAAAUACAUUGAGAGCAUAUUCUCUUGGUGCAAAGGAAGUUGAUCUCUUGUUGCCUGGCACUGGAAGGUUACGGGUGCAGUUAGGAGUAAACAUGCCAGCUCAAGCUAGCUGCAAAGUUGGGGGAGAGGUUGAUCCUACGGAGGUUGAACUUUUUGAGGUAUAUGAUGUUGUUCUUUACAUGGGCAUGAUUGAUAUCUUACAGGAAUACAAUAUGAGGAAGAAAGUUGAGCAUACAUUCAAGUCAUUGAAGUUCGAUCCUCUGUCUAUUUCGGCUGUCGAACCUGAGUUGUAUGCUGAUCGGUUCCUCAAAUUCUUGCAGAAAGUUUUCCCUGAGCAACCAUAAAAAGAUUUUAGCUUCAUAUACUUCUUCCUCCUUGCCAUUGUUAUAUAGAUAAGAGUUUUUCUCUUCACUUCUUUUUUUUUUUCCUGGCUUUUUUGUUGCUUGCUUCAAUGCAAAAUUCUUUUGACAAAUCAUUUGUUUGUAAAUGGUAUCACCAUAGAAAAAAAUUUAUCCAAACUUUUCAUUUGUAUAGUAACUUACUCUUCUGGAUUACCUUAUCUAGUCUUGUUAUGUUUAUUUUAA